AUGUAUCACGAACUUCUUCCCAAUUCCUUGGAACUCGACUCAAUACUUCGAUCAUCUGCUUCCCUGUUGAAGUUCAGAAGCUCUGAUUUCCACCUUCAUUCGUACGAUUCGAAACUUCAAAAUAAACUUGGGAAAAAAUUCGAUCGAAAGGAAUUGAAAGAGUCGAAACAUCUGUUAUUUAAUUUAUCUACAUCAUUAUCUUUAUGGUUAAGAUUUCUUUUAUUUUCAUUAUAUAAAUAUCCAAUCAAAUUUUUUACACAUCUAGUUCCAUAUAAUUCUCCAAAAUUAUUACAUUUUAUGGUAAUUAUUAAAUUAACUAGAUAUAUAAUGUAAUUAAAUUAACUAGAUAUGUAAUAUAAAAUAAAUAUAUAAUUCGACCAUUGACUUUAUCGAUUCGAUUAUCAUCAAAUUUAAUUUCGAUAACUUGCCAUGAACAUUUUUCGCCAGGUGUCAAUGAAAUCGAAAUAUUUAUAUUAUUAUCAUUAAUUGUUUUUUUUUGGUAAUUAUUGAUUUAUUCACGAUUAAUAUAUUAAUAAAAUUUCAAUAUUAUAUAAUGAAUUUUCAUUAUGAAUUUACUAUAAAAAAUUUAUUUCAAAUAUUGUAUUUUUUUAGGAUCAAUACUGUAUUUAAUAUUUAUGAAUUUUUUCAGAUUAUUUCCAUUAACUAGAUAUCUGUUAUUUAAUUUAUCUCCAUCAUUAUCUUUAUGAUUAAGAUUUCUUUUAUUUUCAUUAUAUAAAUAUCCAAUUAAAUUUUUCACACAUCUAGUUCCAUAUAAUUCUCCAAAAUUAUUACAUUUUAUGGUAAUUAUUGAAUUAAUUAGAUAUAUAUAAUUCGACCGUUGACUUUAUCGAUUCGAUUAUCAUCAAAUUUAAUUUCGAUAACUUGCCGUGAACAUUUUUCGCCAGGUGUCAAUGAAAUCGAAAUAUUUAUAUUAUUAUCAUUAAUUGUUUUUUUUUGGUAAUUAUUGAUUUAUUCACGAUUAAUAUAUUAAUAAAAUUUCAAUAUUAUAUAAUGAAUUUUCAUUAUGAAUUUACUAUAAAAAAUUUAUUUCAAAUAUUGUAUUUUUUUAGGAUCAAUACUGUAUUUAAUAUUUAUGAAUUUUUUCAGAUUAUUUCCAUAUAUUUUUCCAUUAACUAG